AUGGGGUCAUACAUCACUGUAUUGACUGGGAAGGGGGGCAGCGUUGCAACAGUGAUGAAAGAAGUGAGAAACAGACUGAACACAGAUGAACUGAUCAGCAGAAGAGAUGACAUCUCACUGCAAGGCACAGUGACUAUCAUCACAGCUGUAAAAGAAGCAGGAGAAGAAGAAGAUGUGAUAAUGAGAGUGAUGCUUUCACAGCUCAUUGAUGCCACUGUCUCUGCCUUCAAUCUGGCUUUCUUAACAGUCAUGAAGGCCGCUGCUGCACUAUGA